AUGGUGAGUUUGCAUGAUUCCAUUACUGAAGAAGUGAGAGUAGAACAAGAAGAGGGACUAGAAAACCCCAAAAACCAAUCUUUGUCAGAACUCAAGAAACCAUUUUUACUAAACGACCAACUUGAUCUCUGUCUUCCAGGUCUUGAAGACUUCUCUUUAUCUUUUGCUGAUUCGUUUCUUGAUUUUGAUUCAGUAAUGGCUGAUUUUGGAGAAACACCUGUUCAUUUUGGCUCAAAGGAUACUGAAUUUGGGGUUGUGGAGAAGAGUUUGGAAGUGGAUAAAGAUGAGUUUGUAGGGAAAACUCUGGUUAAAGAGGAGUUAAAUGGAGAUGGGUUUUGUGGUGAGGUGCGAUUAUUGGAGAGUUUGGGUCAAGAAGAGGGUGAAAUUGGGAUUGUUAAGAAGGGUGCUGAUGGAUUUUGUGAGACAAAUAAGGUUGAGGAGGAGUUGAAAGGAGAUGCGUUUUGUGGGAAGUUGGCAGAUUAUAGGUGUUUGAUUGAGGAAGAGAUGGGAAAAGUUACUCUGGAUAGGUCAAAUGGCUCGACUUCACUUGGUGUCAAUGUGAAUGAUGUAACAACUGAAGGACAAGGAGGCGGUGAUAUGACUGACAAAUGUGAAUUCCCCAAUGAUAAUUAUGCAGAAUAUUCUGAAGAUGUGAGCCUCCACGAGGAUGAGUUGAAGAGUGGUAAUAUAGUGAUUGAUAAUGGGAAAGAAAUGGGGAUUGGUGAUUCUAAUAAUGGUGAGGAUGAUAGUGAUAGUGAUUUGGAGUCAGAAAACAAGAAUUCGUUGUCUUCAUCUUCGUCCUCAUCUUCUAGUAGCGAGGAAGAGGAUGAAGAUGAGGAUGAUGAUGAUGAGGAGGAGGAGGAGGAGGAAAGUGGGGAUGAGAAGAAAGCAGAUAAUGAGGUUGGGUUUGCUGGGGGAAAACUGGACAUAGAAGAAGGUGAGAUAAUGUUGUCUGAUGCAGAUGAGAUGGUUGCUUGGACUGAAGAUGGAGAUGAUGAUGAUGGUGAAAGAGGUAUGGCAGGGCCCAUCAGGUCUAAGAACGAACUCAAGGUUCUGCCCCCAGUUCCUUCUGUGAAUGUAAUUUUGGAACCACAUCAUCAAAUCCUGCCUGUUGGAAUGGUUUUAUCGAUCUUAGGUGCACAGGUCAUUGUAGAAGGGGUGGAGAAUCACAAUCCUCUGAACGAGGGCUCGAUUCUUUGGAUAACGGAAAGCAGAUCAGCACUGGGAAUAGUGGAUGAAGUUUUUGGGCCCGUGAAGAACCCUUAUUAUAUUGUGAGAUACAAUUCAGAGACUGAAGUCCCUGCAAAUAUUCAGCAAGGAACAUUAAUCUCUUUUGUUCCAGAGUUUGUAAAUCAUGUACUCCAUGAUAAGAGUCUUUACCAGAAAGGGUACGAUGCUUCAGGAGAAAAUGAUGAAGAGAAGUCGGAUGAGCUAGAAUUUUCGGAUGAUGAAAAGGAGGUCGAGUAUAGAAGGAUGCUUAAAAUGAAGAAAAGGGGCACAGAUGACCCAAAGCUUGGAACGAAGAAGAAGGAUAAAAAGCAAUUCAAAAAUCGAUCUGGCAACUGGAACUGUGAUCAAGUUGCAAUGGGGAAAGCUUCUGCUGGAGAUAAUAACCUAUUAGUUGAUCAAAACCAGCAUUUAGUCCGCCCACCAGUUGGGCCAUCCAUGGAUCAAGGCUCAGGAAUGGUUAGUGGACAUGCUAUGGUUCCUCCAUUUGCACCGAGGGCACAAACUCCUGGUUUUUGCCCCCCGAAUGGAAAUUGGACUAAUGGGUUCCCAUGUCAACAGGCCCCAAGUAUGGGCCUCCCCCCUGGAUUGCCCGGAAAUGGUAUUCCAUGGUUACCACAGACUCAUCCUCAACAAUUGUAUCAAAUGCCUUUGCCAACCGGUGUAUCACUGCAACAUCAAAGUAAUACAAUUCCUGGGUUGCCUUUUAAUUUCGUUUUGCCAGGUGGGCAAGUAAAUUUUGGUGGAGGCCAUACAUUUGCACCUGCACCCUGGAUGGGUCAAAAUGUUUUCAACCAGUCACCAUUUGGAAUGGGUUUACAGGGCCAACAAACUUCUCUGCCUGUGAAUGUGGAAGGACAAGUGACUCAACUGAAUGGAUAUGAUCCUAAUUUACCUACAUCUCCUGUAACUUCAGGGAGACCUCAUGAUCGAGGUAUUGGUAGUGGGGGAAGAAACAUGCAUCAGAACAGAGGUGGACGAUUUGGACGUGGGAGAGGCAGGCAGAGAGGCCGCUAG